AUGGAUCCUACCCGGAUCACCACCCACCAGCUGAGCGCCUCUGACUUGGUCCUUAAGGCCAAGCAGAUCUGCCAAAACUCUUUGAGGCCCAGCGGAAAAUAUGGGCUAGCUCCUUAUAGCCGCAACAACUCUCCUCCGCGCCAAAACUUCCGCCGGAUCCGCAAGGAGGAGCAAGCUUCCUACGCCCCCAACCGGCGCUUCCAGGAUGAUUGCGAUCCGGACCCUUAUCUGAAGGGGAAACACACGAUGGGCCCGACGUACGCCAAGCACCCCGGUCUGCGCCCUGCCGGGGCAAACCCUGAGGUGGUGGAACAUGCUGUUCCGGUGUCUGCGGAGGUUGGCCAGGAGUUCCUGGAUAACUUGGCCUCCCGGGGCCGCAAGAACAAAACUCCGGCCUCUGAGGCCGGCCCCAGCGAAGAUCCCCCCACCAAGCGCUCCAAGAAGGACGACAGCAGCAAGCCUUAUACCAAGAAGCGCCGGUACAAGAUGCUGGUCGCUACUGGCCCUGCGCUGAGCCUUACCAGGAGCGCCCCUGGCAUGAGGCCGGAAGCCUCCGCGGAUGCCGCUAGGACUUCUCCUCCUCAAGCAAGUCCGAAGAAGAAUAAGAAGGCCACUGCCUCCCCCUCCAAGACCGUGCCGGAACCUUCUGCGCCGACAACCUCGUCAGCGGCUAAGGAAACGCCGGAAGCUCCUUUGCCAGCAAAGGGCGCACCAUCACCUCCUCCGGCAGCUCCAACCGGCAAAUCAGCUGCCGCCAAGCCAACCCGCCCGGAAGGCACCAAGCUCACCGUUCAGCAACUUGCUGCGGUGGUCACAGCGGCGACUUCCCCCUCUUCCGGCUCGCAGUCACUAGUACUGCACGCCGGCCGCGCCGCUGUUGCGGCCAGUGAGACGGCUUCAGCUCAGCUGGGCCGGAUUACUGAGCUCAAGCGCGGCGAGGUCAACCUGGGCCCGCUGCUGGGGUACGUUGAGAAGUGGAACCAGGCGGACUUGUCUCCAGCGACCCGCGGCCUGGGCAAGGACAAGCUUCCGGUCGCCGACCCUUCUGGCCCGCGGAGCACGGCGCAGCACCUGAGCCGGCUUAAACGCGCCGUCAAGGAGUUCGACACCGCGUGGCACGAUGCCAGCGGCAACGUGGUGGGGACCUUGGACACCCGGAAGCAACUCUUUGAGGAGCUUCUGUGGGAACAUCGGUUCCUUUCCGAAGCCCACAGCAAGUGCCAAGCAGCGCUUCCGGAAGCCUCCUUUGAGGACCUCUCUGCCCAGCUCUCCACGCUCAAAGCUGAAAAGGAGCAGCUCGUCGUCGAGCACCGCAAGGCCCUGGACGCUCAGGAGAAAAUCUCCGCUGAGCUGAAGGACCAGCUCAUGGAGGCUGAACUCCGGCAUUCGCGGGAGCUCAAGGAGGCCCAGGCUGCUGCUGAGGCCAAGUUGGAUGAGUCUCUGAAGGAGUUUACCAACGCCAGCGCGGUGCUGCAGACGGAGCUGGAGGAGGAGACCCGGGCGCGGAAAGAGGCGCAAGACCGGAUCGCCACCCUCACCACGGAUCAGGCUGAAUAUGACCGGUUGGUCAUGCAGGCCGAUGCCCUGGCCUUCAAGCUUUUCCCGGACUCCCAGGGCUUUGCGCACAAGAAGGUAGCGGAGCGUAGGGCUGCACAAGCCUUCAGCAAUCCGGAUGCGCCCUGGGACGCUUACGACCACCUUGUGGCGCUGUCCGCCCGUAUCUCUCACAUGAGAGCUGUGGACCGGCACCUGGUUGAUCUACCGGAGAGGGCCAUGCAAAUUUUCAAAGUACUGGGGCAUGGGGAAGCAAUUCCGGCAAACUUGACGCUUCUGUCGGAUCGCCUGGAGGGUGCUUGCCGGAGGUUCCGCGAGUGGAAGUGCUCAGCGGUCCGUGCCGGAGCAGAUGCGGCGCUACACGUUUCCUGUUCUUGGUACGAAGAGCUGGAUCUGGACGCCCUCCACAGCCUUCGCGGCGAUGCACCUACCGAUACAGAUCCCACCUUAACCGCCAACCGCCAGGACCGCGCGUACCGGGUGGCCCAGUUCGCCAGCACCAGCACCUUCAUCCCUCCUCCUGCCGACAUCAGGGACGAAGUCACUGACGACGAGGAAGAAGGUUCCGGCGAGGAUGAGGAGGAAGAUGCUGAAGAAGGCGCUGCCCCUCCAGAGCAAGCUCCGGAAGCUCCUGAAGCUGGCCCUCAGCCUCCAGUUGCCUGA